AUGCAAACCAAACAAUGGCUCCUAACCUCCAAACCCCCCUCCCUCCCCCUCCUCUCCGGCCCAAAUCCCACCUUCACCCAAACAAGCACCACCACCCCCCCUCUCAGCCCUAACCACCUCCUCCUCAAAACCCUCUACCUCUCCAACGACCCCGCCCAACGAGGCUGGAUCUCCCCAAACGCAGACCCAGCCCGCCUCUACGUCCCGCCCGUCCCAACAGGCGCCGUGAUGCGCUCCACCGGCAUCGCAGAAGUCAUCGAAUCCCUAUCCCCGUCUCACCCGCCUGGAUCGUUGGUCUUCGCAGUCACGAACUGGAGCGAGUACACGGUUGUCCAUGAGGGUGAGGUGCAGCGCAUUACGCCCGUGGAUGGGCUGGGCGUUACGCAUUUUCUGGGCUCAUUGGGUCUGCCCGGUUUGACGGCGUAUUAUGGGCUUAAGGAGGUUGUGAAGACCACGAGCGAGGAUGUGGUUGUUGUUAGUGGUGCGGCGGGGGCGACGGGGGGGAUGGCGGUGCAGAUUGCGAAGAGGAUUUUGGGGUGUAAGCGGGUGAUUGGAAUAGCAGGAACAGACGAGAAAUGCCGCUGGGUUGAAUCGCACGGAGCAGACGUCUGUAUUAAUUACAGGAAGGAGACCUUUGAGAAGGAUCUCUUCCGAGAGACGGAGGGGUUUGUGGAUGUUUUCUACGAUAAUGUCGGUGGAAAAAUCCUCGACUUGAUGCUUUUGCGAAUGAAGAGACACGGGCGUAUUGCAGCUUGCGGUACGAUAUCAAACUACAACAAAAAUCUGGAUCCAGUCGGGAUUAAGAACUAUUAUGAAGUCGUAUCCAACCGCAUCUCUAUCCACGGCUUCAUCGUGUUCGAUUACAUGCACAAAGCAGCAGAAGUCAGGGAAUUGUUUCUCCAGGCUUGGAAAGAGGGGAAGAUUAUCCUCAGUGAUGAUACGGAGACGGUAAUUGAGGCGCCCUUUGAGGAUAUUCCCGAGGUGUGGUUGAAGUUGUUCGAUGGGUCGAAUAGGGGUAAGUUGACUACUAAGCUUAUUGGUUGA